GCUUUAAGUAGGAUCACAGUUGCUGAAAUCAGAAAAUCUGCGGCACUCAUACCGGCCAUUUUCUGGCCUUUCUCAUUUCCUGGAGUACUUCAACUUCAGCAGCCGUUGAAACGUCAUCAAACUGUCUUGUUAGUGUUUUGAUUGAGAGACCCCUAGUGGUAGAAUUUACAUAGUAUUCCUUUAUGCUUUCCUUUACAACCCUCAACCUUUAAUAAAUGAAUGAGGACUUGUAUUGCCUGUCACUUUCAGUAAAUAUAUACUUUUUAUUACAAUUAAAUGUUAAAAUACUAAAACUAAAAUUACACAAAAAAGCUACCGAAUUAAAUUAGUCGUAAUUCAUAACAUGAUGACGCCACUGAGUUUUUCUUUAUUCAAUUGUUAGACACUUCUCUUCCUCAUUGGCUUUAGUAAUGGUGCCCACUGCCCCCCAGUGGAUUCAGACAAGAGUAGAGGCUCUCAGGUGACACAACACCGAUAGGUAUUGUUGCGUGUCCGUUUGAGUGGAUUGUGGAUGUUGUCAGACGAUACACUACGAAGCACUUCAGGACUCUACAUCACAGGCAUUAUUUCCUUCCCCCUUGCCCCCCACAACUCCUGGCAGGGAGCCAGUAUGCAGAAAGCGCUGUGCCUCCAGGUUUAGUGUCCGGGGCUAUCCUCCGUGUCCCGCCUUGUCUCACUCUCACCCCUCUGCACGUCCACUCCGCAGUGGCUGCGCCUAUCCUUCCAUCACCAUGUCUUUCACUGGCUCUUCUUCAAACUACGCGCGCACUCAUUGUCAGAGACACCCCAAAGCGAGAGAUAACGGGGAGAAGGAUGACGGUUAUAACAGCUCAGCUGACGUCUCCCCAGGUCAGGCCACUCCAGCCAAAGCUGGAAGGACCCAUCAAGAGCUCCACAAAGAACUGCUACUGGCCCACAAAAAAGGCCUGGUGCUGAGCAGCAAGUCUGAGCUGCAGAAGGCCCUCGAGAGAAGAAAGAAGCAGCAGUCGGAGAGAACAGAGGGACAGGAUAGAGAGACUCCACUGGAUAAGGUGUUGUUAAAACGUCAACAGACACAUCUUGAGAGGGAAAAAAAGCACGAACAGCAGUUAUGGGAGGGAGCCGAGCUGUUUGAGUUCAUCAGAGUUCGUCAGAACUUAAGAAAGACCCAGACACCACACAAGGCUUCUGAUGCUGAAGCCGAUGCAGCAGAAUGAAGGUAUCAUGGAUGGUUGCUGAGGUGGGACCCAGCCGGACUGUACCGAUGGAUCAGACCUGUUGGCCCAAGUUUCUGUGACCACAAACCUAGCAAAACCCAGUGGAGAUCCUUCGAUUCCUUUUAAUUGUAGGGGUUGUGCAAGGAGGGUGAUGGAUGGAAUGGCUACAAGAGGCACCGCUUUCUAAAGAUACAAGGAACUAUGUCCCACCCACCACAUCUGGUAGGUGUAGGGACCAGACAUUGCAGAAGUGAAUUUCAAGUCUCUUGAAAUUCCUUUUCUAAAUCUAGAACAUAAAAAGCUGUAGGUGAAAACAGCUAGAGGUAUCUUAUUUCAUCUGUGUGCUGGUCAGGAGGUAAGCCGACAUUGAGUGAUCCAGGAUCAGUUAACCAAGCCAGACCAUGUCCCGGUAUUUAAAGAUAAAAUGUAAUGAAAAACAACUUGACGAGUUGACGUUUGAUUACACUUGCCUAGUUAUAGAGAUGUGCCCUAUUUAGAUUAGUUUUAGACCAGUUUUAAUAUUUAAGGUUUAUUUGUUUACCUUCUCAGUUUAAACCAUAUAUUCUGUUAUAUCAUCUGCCCUGAUCAUUAUACAUCAUCAUUCUAUUCAUGCAGCUGUUGGAAAUAUUCAAUAAAUUCCUCCUCUUUUACCAUCAUAAUGGGUAAUGCCACUGUUGGAGAAACCUACCAGAUAGGCCAGAUGUCUGUAUAUCUUCAACACACUCUUCUUGUAAUAAAAGAUUACUUGUUUUACUCUAUGGAAUAAACUCUUAACUCAUUAAUCACAACCAAGAAGAGAAUACAAUGCAGUUGUGUUCCACAAAAUGACAAAAAACCGAACUGUCCAUGGAGCGACUGAAGCCUAAUAAGAAGGGACACUUUUAUCCUAACUCUCUCCCCUCCUUUCCUAUGGUGCAGCUUUAACCUCUUGGUCCAA